AUGGUCGACCCAAUAUCUAUCAGCGGGCACGACGCGCUUGACGAGAAACUUACCCGCCUAUCCAAGAAGCCAGGCGUCAAAGCAACAGUAGUCCUCGAUCGAGCAACGGGCGCGAUUCUCCGGACCAACGGCCAGUUAUCAAACCUCAUUUCUACGGCUGCCGCCGCCCUAAAAAGUCCGACGGACGGUGGUUCCUUCUCGAGCGAAGCGGGCGCGACACAAAACGGCGAAUCCCACGGGUUCGAGGAAUUUACACGGAAGGUGUGGACUUGGGUUAAUGCGUCGGGCGGUCUAGUCGAGGAAUUCGACACUGAGGACGAGUUGAAACUUUUGCGAUUGCGGACCAAGAAGCAAGAACUGGUCAUCGUCCCGGAUGCGAAAUACCUUCUUAUCCUCGUGCACGACACGCCGCCGGCUUGA